GGGCAUGCAAAUCGUGAUUUGGCCGGCGUAGGCGAUUUUGGACCGAUUUACUGCCUGCAACCCUAACGAUCUUUGCUUUUUUGAUGACAUAAUCGACAUGCCGCAUAUGCGUGAUCAAAUUGAACGAUAAAAGUCACACAAUGACACAAGUCGCACGAUUCUGAAUCUCAUGUCUCAUUGUGAUAGUAUGUUCUGUUGCAGAGUCUGCUAUAAUUCAGAAAUAAAGUCUUAGAAGAAAAAAAUGGGAGUGCUUAUGAAUUUGCUGUGGUUUCUUUCAAGCGUCGCACGAGCGGUUUCGCCGUUCGUUCUUCUCUUUCUGGUUCUUCGCUGGUUUUUCCGCCGGUCAGAAAACCUCCCACCCGGUCCCCGCGAGCUACCGUUCAUCGGGUCUCUUCCGGCCAUCGUCUGGGGGCUGAUGAGGCGAGGCUUACAGCCGCACCAUGUUCUUGGGAGGUUCGCUGAACGGUACGGCCCGGUGUUCCGCGUCAACUUGCUCAACAAGACGGUGGUGAUGCUGGAUGAUUUCAAGUCGACAAAGGCGGCAUUUCAGCACCCACAGUUGAAUGACAGACCACCUGGGGCAUUGGGAAAAGGAGUAUCGGGGACCUCAGGAGAGCAAUGGAUCGAGAUGCGCCGAUUCUGCCUGAAUGUCCUCCGCAGUUUCGGCGUGGGCAAGUCGAGUUUCGAAGAGAAGAUCGGAGCCGAGGGUGAGGAGCUACUGAAGGAAAUGUCUGCGUUCCAGGGCAAACCCUUCAACCCGAGACCCCCGUUCGGCAGCGCCGUGUCCAACGUCAUCUGUUCGGUCGUGUUCGGGAAACGCUACGAUUAUGAAGAUCAAGACUUCAAGCGACUUUUGGCCUUGUUGAACAAAGUGAUCCUUUCGUCCGGAACUGGUGGAAUCGUGGUGUUUACUAAAGGCUUCCCUCGUCUGCCGUUUUUCAAGUCGAAGCUUAAACGGAUGCGAGCUGAUCACGCUGACAUCUAUGCGUUCAUACGUCGCAUCAUCGACUCCCACCGCUCCGAACUCGAUCCGCACAAUCCCAGCGACUUCAUCGAUGUUUAUCUCAUGGCGGUCCAACGAAAUGCCUCGAGAAAUGCCACUCCUACGGUUGCAAACGGAGCGACAGCCAAACCCGAAAAGUACAGCCACCUGAACGAGACAAACCUCCUCUACACGGUGAAUGAUCUGUUUUCAGCGGGAUCGGAGACCACGGUGACUACGAUGGAGUGGUGCCUUCUCUACAUGGCGAUCCACCCCGAGAUCCAGCAGCGAGUCCAGGCCGAGAUCGACGCCGUGGUCGGUCGCAACCGGCUGCCCAGGCUGGCCGACAAGCCGGGGCUGAAUCUCACCCGUGCCGUGAUCUGGGAAGUCCAACGCAUGGCCAGCAUCGUCCCCUUGGGUCUUCCUCACGUUGCCGCCUCCGACACGCAGUUCCAAGGCUUCUUGAUCCCAAAAGACACGAUUCUUGUGUCCAACCUGUGGCGGAUUAAUCGGGACCCGAAACUUUGGCCGGAGCCGGAGAAGUUCAAGCCGGAACGGUUUCUGAAUGACGAGGGCAAGGCUUUCAAACCAGAAGAGUUUAUACCUUUUGGUGUCGGUCGCCGUAUCUGUCUGGGUGAGCACCUGGCCAAGAUGGAGCUCUUCAUCUUCUUCAGCUAUUUCAUGCAUCAGUUCACCUUCCAGAAACCUGCCGACGCACCGCCGUAUACUCUGGAGGGAAAAUCCAGCAUCACCUUCUCGCCUCUGCCGUUUGAGAUUUGCGCCGUCAAACGCGAUUGAAGUUGGUGUAUACAGGCUUUUUAGGUGUGCACCUUGAAAAACAGAUUUUCAAAUUCAAUUGAUAAUUUUCUGGCAUUGCAUUAGUUAUGAGCUUUCCAAUGAGAUAUCGCACGAAAAAAAAUCGGUCCAUGACAAGUAGUCAAUUAAUUAAUUUCAAAUGUUGAUUUAAGAGCGGGACCCUCCUGUAAUCCGUUCUGAAUAGUGUGCGCAAUUUCUGAACUGGAGCGCGCCAUUUAAAACCAAUUUUAAAGCUGUAUAAAGGCCUGCCAAAUCAAACAAGACAAUAUGUUUGUUACAGGACAUGUAGGCAUAUUCCUUUAAAUUUCGUUCGGAAGAGAAAAUCGAAAUUUUAAAAAGCACGUAUAUACCAAAUUUAAAGGCAUCAUUUGCAUUUCAUGCAUUUUGUUCGUUUCGAAUAAUAUCACCACUCAAAAUCCAAUCGAGAAUGUUCAUAACCUAACAUGUAAAAGUUUCAGCUUAGUAGAUAUUAAAUUUUUCAGAAUAAAUGGUAAAAAAACCCCGCAUGCACAAACUUUUGAUUACAAAACACAAUUUCGUCAGUAGAUAUAAAUUUAUUUCCAACAAUCAGUCAAUAUUGACUGGUCAUUUACAUUUUCUUGAUUCCUUCUGAAUGACACCAUGUCGGAACGAAUCAUUAUUUUCACGUGUAGUGUCUAGUAUGCGAUCUUUAUUAACCUAAGUAAGCUUUUGAUGACAAUUCGGUAUACGGUUACUUUUGGGAUAAAUGCAAAUGAUUCUUUAUGCCUUUCGUUCGAAUUUGGAUAUGAAAGCCUGCAGUGGCAACUUAAUCGGUGUCCAAAACCUCGUUGUAUCUUAGUUUGUUUCUCUAAUAUGACGUAACCAUGACAUAGAGCCCCAAAAAAGAAAAAAAACCGAGUUUCCAAUUUUCUGCUGGCAGAAUUUCUAACUUUUUGAAGGUGCGCAACCAGCUGUUUUUGAAAUAUGGCAAGUCUGCUAUAGCAGCCUAAGGCGAAGUAAAAAAAAAAAGUUUCUCGUCCCAGCCCGCUUCCUUUUUGGAGGCCGCCUGGAUUUUUUUAUUAUUUUUAAUUUUUGAAAAAUGAAGUAGAAAAACAACGAAAACUGAGUCUACAAAUUCAUUGGAAAAUAAAUACCAAUACCAAUACAACUCUACACGACACUGUAAAUAUGUUCAGUUCUCUUGUCCAACUUGCCUUUCAUCUUUAAAAGUGU